AUGGUCCAGCCAGCAGCCAGCACCCAGCAGUGGUCUUGCCAGCAGCCAGCAAUGGUCCAACCAGCAGCCAGCAGCGGUCCAGCAAGCAGCCAGCAGCCAGCAGCAAUCCUGCCAGCAGCGGUCCAGCCAGCUGUGGUGCAGCCAGCAGCCAGAAGCGGUCCAGCCACCAGCCAGCAGCAAUCCAGCCAGCAGUGGCCCAGCCAGCAGAUAGCAGCCAGCAGCCAGCAACCAGCAGCCAGCAGCCAGCAGCGGUCCAGCCAACUGCCAGGAGCCAGCAGUGCUCCACUGAUCAGCCAGCAGUCAGCAGCGGUCUUGCCAGCAGCGUUCCAGCCAGCAGCCAGCAACUGUCCUGCCAGCAACCAGCACCGGUCCAGCCAGCAGUGGUCCAGCCAGCAGCCACCAACAAUCCAGCCAGCAGCGGUCCAGCCAGUAGCCAGCAAUGAGCAACCAGAAGCGGUCCUGCCAGCAGCCAGCAGCGAUCCAGCAAGCAGCCAGCAGCCAGGAAAAGUCCUGGCAGCAGCCAGCAGCAGUCCAGCCAGCAGUGGUCAAGCCAGCAGCCAACAGCCAGCAGCGGUCCUGCCAACAGCCAGCAAUGGGCAAUCCAGCAGCCAGAAGCGGUCCUGCCAGCAGCCAGCAUUGGUCAAGCCAGCAGCCAGCAGCGAUCCAGCCAGCAGUGUUCCAGCCAGCAGCAGUCCAGCCAGCAGCCAGCAGUGGUCCAGCCAGCGGCCAGCAGCGGUCCCAGCCAGCAGGGCCAGCAGCGGUCUAGCCAACUGCCAGGAGCCAGCAGUGCUCCACCGAUCAGCCAGCAGACAGCAGCGGUCCUGCCAGCAGCCAAAAACUGUCCAGCCAACAGCCAGCAGCGGUGCUGAGACUAGCGUUCCAGCCAGCAGCCAGCAACUGUCCUGCCAGCAGGCAGCACCAGUCCAGCCAGCAGCGGUCAAGCCAGCAGCCAGCAGCGAGGAAAAGUCUUGGCAGCAGUCGGCAGCAGCAGUCCAGCCAGCAGCGGUCAAGUCAGCAGCCAGCAGCGGUCCAGCCAGCAGCCAACAGCCAGCAGUGGUCCAGCCAGCAGCCAGCAGCGGUCCCAGCCAGCAGUCAUCCAGCCAGCAGCCAGCACCAGUCCAGCCAGCAGCGAUCAUGCCAGCAGCCAGCAACGGUCCAGCCAGCAGACGGCAGACAGCAGCAGUCCUGCCAGCAGCCUGCAGCGGUACAGCCAGCAGCAGUCCACCCAGAAGCGAACCAGCCAGCUUUGGUCCAGCAAGCAGCGUCCCAGCCACCAGCCAGCAGCGGUCCAGCCAGCAGCCAGCAGCCAGCAGCGGUCCUGCCAUCAGCCAGCAGCAGUCCAGCCAGCAGCCAGCAGCAGUAGUGUCAGUAGCCAGCAGGAGUCCAGCCAGCAGCCAGCAGCCAGUAGUGGUCCAGCCAGCAGCCAGCAACCAGCAGCCAGCAGCAGUCCUGCCAGCAGCCAGCAGUGUUCCAGCCAACAGCCAGCAGCCAGCAGCAGUCCUGCCAGCGGCCAGCAGCACUCCAGCUAGCAGCGGACAAGCCAGCAGCCACCUGCAACCGUCCAACAAGCAGACAGCAGCGAUCCCAGCGAGCAGUGGUCCAGCCAGCAACCAGCAGCCGUUCAGCCACCAGCCAGCAGCGGUCCUGCCAGCAGCUAGCAGCGAUCCAGCCAGGAGCGUCCCAGCCAGCAGCAAGCAGCCAGCAACAGUCUUGCCAAUAGUCAGCAACGGUCCAGCCAGCAGCCAGCAGCGGUCCCAGCCUGCAGUGGUCCAAGCCAGCAGCGGUCCAGCCAGCAGUGGUCCAGCCAGCAGCCAGCAGCAGUUCCGCCAGCAUCGUGAAGCCAGCAGCCAGCAGGCAGCAGCAGUCCUGCCAGCAGCCAACAGCAGUCCAGCCAGCAGCCGGCAGUGGUUGCGCCAGCAGCCAGCUGUGGUCCUGCCAACAGGCAGCAGACAGCAGCGUUUCUGCCAGCAGCCAGCAUCGGUCCAGCAUGCAGCGGUCCAACCAGUAGCGUUCCAGCCAGCAGCGGGCCAGCCAGAAACAAGCUGUGGUCCAGCCAGCAGCCAGCAGCAGCAGCGGUCCAGCCAGCAGCAAGGAGCGGUCCAGCCAGCAGCCAACAGCGGUCCUGGCAGCAGCCAGCAGCGGUCCUGCAAGCAGCCAGCAACCAUUAGCAAGCACCAGUCCAGCCAGCGGCCAGCAGCAGUCCAGCCAGCAGCGGACGAGCCAUCAGCCAGCAGCGGUCCAGCCAACAGCCAGGAGACAGCAGCUGUCCUGCCAUCAGCCGGCAACCGUCCAACAAGCAGCCAGCAACAGUCCCAGCGACCAGUGGUACAGCCAGCAGCCAACAGCGGUCCAGCCAUCAGCCAGCAGCUAGCAGCGGUCCAGCCAGCAGCGGUCCAGCCAGCAGCGGUCCAGCCAGCAGCGGUCCAGCCAGCAGUGUUCCAGCCAGCAGCCAGCAACCAGCAGCAGUCCAGUCAGCUGCCAGCAGCGGUACAGGCAGAUGUAGUCCAGCCAGCAGCGGUCCAGACAGCAGCUGACCAGCCAGCAGCGGUCCAGCCAGGAGCCAGCAGCCAGCAGCAGUCCUGCCAGCAGCGGUCCAGCCGGCAGCGGUCCAGCUGGCAGCGGUUCAGCCAGCAGCCAGCUGUGGUCCAGCCAGCGGCCAGGAACCAGCAGCGGUCCAGCCAACAGCCAGCAGUGGUCCAGCCAGCAGCCAGCAGCCAGCAGUGGUCCAGAAAGCAGCCAGCAGACAGCAGAGGUCCUGCCAGCAGCCCGCAGCAGUCCAGCCUGCAGCCAGCAGCGUUCCCAGCCAGCAGUGGUCCAGCCAGCAGCCCGCAGCAGUCCAGCCAGCAGCCAGCAGCGGUCUUGCCAGCAGCUACCAGCAGUCCAGCCAGAAGCGGUCCAGCCAGCAGCCAGAGGCAGACCUGCCAGCAUCCAGCGGCGGUCAAGCCAGCAUUGAUCCAGCCAGCAGCCAGCAGCGGUCCUUUCAGCAGCCACCAGCCAGCAGUGGUCCUGACAGAAGCCAGUAGCGGUCCAGCGAGCAGUGGUGCAGCCAGCAGCGGUCCAGCAGCAGCGGUCCAACCAGCAGCAGUCCACUGGCAGCGGUGCAGCCAGCAGCGGUUCAGCCAGCAGCGGUCCAGCUGCAGCCAGCAGCGGUUCAGCCUGCAGCGGUCCAGCCAGCAGCCAGCAGCGGUCCAGCCAGCAGCCAGCAGUGGGACAGCCAGCAGCCAGCAUAGGUCCAAGCCAGCAGCGGUCCAGCCAGCAGUGGUCCAGCCAGCAGCCAGCAGCAGUUCCGCCAGCAUCGUGAAGCCAGCAGCCAGCAGGCAGCAGCAGUCCUGCCAGCAGCCAACAGCAGUCCAGCCAGCAGCCGGCAGUGGUUGCGCCAGCAGCCAGCUGUGGUCCUGCCAACAGGCAGCAGACAGCAGCGUUUCUGCCAGCAGCCAGCAUCGGUCCAGCAUGCAGCCAGCAACCAUUAGCAAGCACCAGUCCUGCCAGCGGCCAGCAGCAGUCCAGCCAGCAGCGGACGAGCCAUCAGCCAGCAGCGGUCCAGCCAACAGCCAGGAGACAGCAGCUGUCCUGCCAGCAGCCGGCAACCGUCCAACAAGCAGCCAGCAGCAGUCCCAGCGACCAGUGGUCCAGCCAGCAGCCAACAGCGGUCCAGCCAUCAGCCAGCAGCUAGCAGCGGUCCAGCCAGCAGCGAUCCAGCCAGCAGCAAGCAGCCAGCAGCAGUCUUGCCAGCAUUCAGAAAAGGUCCAGCCGGCAGCCAGCAGCAGUCCCAGCCAGCAGUGGUCCAGCCAGCAGCCUGCAGCGGUCCAGCCAGCAGGCAGCAGUGGGCCAGCCAGCAGCCAGCAGAGCAUCGUGAAGCCAGCAGCCAGCAGGCAGCAGCUUACCUGCCAGCAGCCAGCAUUGGUCCAGCAUGCAGCAGUCCAACCAGUAGCGUUCCAGCAGCAGCGGUCCAGCCAGCAACAAGCUGUGGUCCAGCCAGCAGCCAACAGCCAGCAGCGGUCCAGCCAGCAGCGGUGCAGCCAGCAGCCUGCAUCGGUCCAGCCAGCAGCCAGCAGCGUUCCCAGCCAGCAGUAUUCCAGCCAGCAGCAGUCCAGCCAGCAGCGGUUGCGCCAGCUGCCAUCAGCAGUCCAGCCAGCAGCCAGCAGCCAGCAGUGGUCCUGCCAGGAGCCAGCUGCGGUCCAGCCAGGAACCAGCAGUGGUCCUGCCAGCAGCCAGCAGCGGUCCAGCGAGCUGUGUUCCAGCCAGCAGCAGUCCCAGUCGACAGUGGUCCAGGCAGGGGCCAUCUAG